CGACCCCCAGCGGACUAGCAACGAUAUAUGAAGCGAUUUCUGAUUGGCUGUUACCAAUUCGAAUUCUAACACGAUCGGUGAUUGGCUAAUGACCUGUCACAACAAACACCGUCGCGCGAAGCCGGGUCAGCACGUGAAUAUUUGACAGAUCUAAGCGAAGUGUUUACAUUCAUUAAAGACCGUGUUUUUGAUUUUUAUGGAAUCUGUUUCCUGUAGUUUAUGUUUUUGUUUUAUACCUAACACCUAUGAUAGACUCUCUAUAAGUGGAAAAGGAAAAUUCGACGUAGCUAAAGAGCUAAAAAACCUUUCGAUYGAGCCGUCAUCGAAGCACAUUUGUCGAGCGUGUUUUCGAAAGCUAAAGAGACGACGACAACUAUACGAAGAGCUAAAAAGCCUAGAAGAACUACUGACACAGAAAACUUUAAACUCUAACGAACAAGCUUCUCGCAAAAGACCAGGACUCGCAAGCGAUGAUGUAGCUACGACGACACCUCCAAAAAAAUCGAGGGAAAAUUCUCCUACAAAAGUAUUGACUUCAACACCGGCGGGCAAAAUUCGCAAGCCAAGAUGUCCUCUUAGUCCGCUAAGACAAGAAAACCAGGAGGACCAGAAUAUCGAUCAGCCAAAAAAAAAUGUGGACGUUAAAGUUCGUGUAGCUUGGCCGUCAAAAGACAGGGAGGUAAAGCUUCCAGAAGAUCUCGAAUCUUUGGGGAAGAUGCUUGUCCGCGGGACAUAUAAGCAGAUCGCUGGCGCGGCAUGGAAAGUCUCAAGACUAAAGGAUGAGCUUGUUAACUUGAUGCUUAAAGAAAUAGAAAAAGAAACAUCUUCCCUUUGUAGCCGUAAAGAUCCUUCGUGCUUACGGAAAACUGACAAGGAGAGCAUGCGAAGCUUGACGAUGGAGGAGGUUUCGAGGGAGGUAAAGACGAGGGCGCCAUUGUUCCAUUCUGUGUUGACAAAAUCCUGCACCAACUCAUUAACUGUUUCAAGAACUACCAAGGCUAAAAACCAAGAACCAAAAACCAAGAACCAUGAAUCAAAAACUGCUGCAACCAAGGCUAAUACAAAGGAMAGUUUCCCUGCAGUAGCUAUGGCUGCUGCAGUAUGCCUUAAAAGUAGAUGCAGGGAAAUGAUUGCAGUCCAACUGCUCAUCACAACAUUUUUAUAUCACUCCAACUGGCUGACAACACUUGCAAGACUUAAAGCUUUGUCUCUUGGAACCAGUCAUACUUACUUCUACAAUAAACUUGAUGAAUUUGGUAAAGACCAUACACAAGCAAUUAAGGAGGCAGUAAAUGCUCAGGGAAAGUACAUGGAGAAAAGACAGGAAUCUGCUAAUGAAAACAGUGUCCCAACUGAUACAGAAUCGCAGCAUUUACCAAGCACUCCAGAUGCAGGCCGAAAGUUAACAUUUGAUAAUCUUGACUUUCGCCAACAAGUACAUUAYAUGACUGAAGAAAAUCAGAACAUAGACAAACAUUGUGUUACUGUCAUGUCUACAGAAAACAGGGUGAGUGGUAACCAUCUGAGUGAUGAAAAGCCACCAGAUGGAAUUCUAGAGAUGGAGAAUGGAAAAUGCAUACCAGACCAUCAAGAAAGCCUUUCACAGCGUGAAAACUACAYUGCACUUGUUGGCCGAAUAAUAAUAMAAAAUCUGCCUAAAUUGGAAUUCUUGUCUGAAGUUGCCACACACCAUAUCCCUCAUCAGUACAAGGGUGAAAUGAGUACCAAGACAAACACAGUGAGUACAAAAAUUAUAAUAUUUUAGAUUUUAAACACUCAUUUAAAAAUUGCAGUGCAAGGCAGCAUGCUUCAAUGCAAGCCGAUAAUGACAAUGGAUGCUGUGGUUUUGAUUUUAUGAAGGUGAAAUAUACUAAAAAUAAGAAA